GCCACCGAAAAGACUCAGUGUACGUUUUAGUCACCUCAGGGGAUUGUGAGAUCGAAGAGCACUUGGUCGUAUCAGAGAGGACACCUCUUACUGAUACCCUUUCACCAACGCAUUCACUUGAGAUAUCGCGACUUUGGCCGCUCUAACCAGAAGAUUUUGUCUAGAAUUUCCACCUUUGAUUAUUUCUCAUUUUCCAACGAGCACUUCCUGCUUGGAAAAUUGUCAGCUAGUUUUGUGGAAUAGAUUUGUGUCGGGAUUACAUUUUUUCUUGCUUCAAUUUUAUCAGUCGAGAAAAGAAUAUAAAUUGUGUGAUUCUUCUUGUGACAAUGGCCAUCGGAAUAGUGCUAACGUUGAUCCUGCUCUUCGUAACAUUUCUCGUGAGCUACAUCCGGGUUCUUGUGGAGUGGCGUCGAAAAGUGUACAUCACAUCCGUGCCGUAUGUAAAGGCUAAGGGUCGCCAACAGUAUGACCCACCAUCGCAGCCCGUGACCAAGGAAUUUUCUCAGGCACCUGGACCAGCACCAUGGCCAAUCUUGGGAAAUUUGCCUCUUCUGGCACAUCAUGAGAAUCCCUUCCAGGCCUUCACGGAGCUCAGUCAUAAGUAUGGCGAUGCCUAUAGUCUCACUCUGGGUACAACUAGGUGCUUCGUUGUAAAUAGUCUGGAGCUUAUCCAAGAGGUUCUCAGUCACAAUGGAAAGUUCUUCGGUGGACGUCCAGAUUUCCUGCGUUUCCACAAACUCUUUGGUGGCGACAGAAAUAACUCUCUGGCCUUGUGUGACUGGUCAAAUUUGCAGCAGAAGCGACGCAAUUUGGCCAGAAGGCACUGCUCACCGCGAGACAAUUCCGACUACUACCGCAAAAUGUGUGAUAUUGGAUGCCUCGAAAUGGGGGAGUUUCUCAAGGUGCUCAGCGCAAAAGUUGGCAAUGGCAGGGAAUUUCAUGUGAAGGAAGUCCUCCAGGCAACAGCUGCCAACAUGUUCUGCCACUACAUGUGCUCAAUACGCUUCGACUAUGCUGAUCAGGACUUCCUCAAGAUUGUCAAUUGCUUCGAUAAGAUCUUCUGGGACAUCAAUGAGGGAUAUGCCGUGGACUUUCUACCAUGGCUCUCACCAUGCUACACAAAACUCCUCAAUAGGAUCUCGUCCUGGUCUACUGAAAUCAGGAAAUUUAUCCUCAAGAGGAUCAUUGAAGAUCGUGAGCUGUCUCUGGACGUCGAAGAGGAUGAAUCAGACUUUACAGAUGCCCUACUGAAGAGCAUCAUUGCUGAUCCUUCAGUCACACGAGACACAAUUAUCUACAUGUUGGAAGAUUUUAUCGGUGGUCACUCGGCUAUUGGGAAUCUUGUGAUGAUAUCCCUGGGCUAUGUAGCCCUCAAUCCUGAAGUUGGUGUUCAGAUUCAGGCAGAAAUUGAUCGAGUGACUGAACGAAAGCGUCCAGUGACGUUGUUUGACAAGGAACACCUUCCCUACACCAUGGCCGUACUUUUUGAAACCCUGCGCUAUUCUUCAUCACCUAUUGUGCCCCAUGUGGCCACAGAAGAUGUAGCUGUAUCUCAGUAUGGCAUCACUAAAGGCACCGUGGUCUUCAUCAAUAACUACAAGCUCAAUACGAGCGAAAAGUAUUGGGAGAAUCCCAAACAAUUUGAUCCUACGCGCUUCCUGGACGAGACACCCGAGAUGUCCGAGAGUGGAACACGAUAUCGUCUCAAGAAGAAUUUACCUCAUUUCUUGCCAUUCAGUAUCGGGAAGCGCACGUGCAUUGGACAGAAUCUUGUGCGUGGCUUUGGCUUUGUCAUGCUGGCUAGCAUUAUGCAGAACUACAAUAUCUCCUGCACAGAUCCCAGUUCCAUCAAAAUGUACCCUGCCUGUGUGGCCCUUCCACCUGAAGCCUUCCCCCUCACACUCACCCCACGCAAUCCCCUUGAGUAGACGAUAAACAUAAUCUUAUCACCAAUGCAAUCACUUCCCCAAAAGAGUUGCGUGUAGAGUUGCAAGCGAUUGAAAUUGUUUCACCAUUUGGUUGCGUGAAACAGGUGAGUUCGGUGAGUCUCAUGAGAUUACCAAUUAUUUUAUCUUUCGUUCUUUUUCAUUGGAAAAGUACUUAAGAUCGCCAGUUAAAAUUAGGAAAUUAUAGUUUUAUCCCUCAAUGAGCUUCCUGCUGAAGAUAUUGAGGUCACUAUCUUUUUUUAUUUAAGGAUAACCGAAUGAUCCCAUAGAAAUGAGCUUCUUGAAAAAUUAAUUUGGUCAAUUUCUUUAAAAUUAGAGUAUGAAAA